AUGUAUAGAUGCAAUUGUAGUAAACAAUUUAAUAAUCAAAUCGAUUUAGAUGAUCAUAAAAAAAAUUGCCAAGGUCGAUGUUUCGUUUGUGAAUUAUGUAAUGAAAAUGUACCAUCAUAUAAUAUGACUUAUCAUUUGAAUCAGUGUGGUAAUAAAACAAUAAAAUGUUCCAGAUGUCAAAACUAUAUUCGACGCGCAAUUUAUAAUUAUCACUUGGACAACAAUUGUACUGAUUUGGAUGAAGAUGAAAAUAUUUUCACUGAAAAAGAUAUUAAAUAUAGACAUGUUGGAAAUUCGAACUCUGUUGAACAAGAACAAAAUUCUGAAGAACAAUUAUUUACUAAUAAUAAUACACAAAUGGAUGAUGAUAUAUUUAUUCCAUGUCAGUUUUGUACCGAACAAAUACAAAUAUCUUUAUAUUAUAUUCAUUCGGUAUUGGACUGUUCUCAAGAUCAAAGUCAUCGUGAAUUAAACUAUGCACAUCCUCUGAUCAAUUCUAAUACGUAUGAAAAAUCGAAUGAGAAACAUUCAGAUAGAAUAUUAACUAAUGCAACAAGUGGUAAAUCAUUAAGCAAAGAAAAUUCUUUAUCACUUUUACAUAAAAAAACAGCUGUUGUUCAAGAUGAAUUAUGUAGAGAUUAUUAUCUACCUGAAGUAAAUCAUGUAACAGAUAAAGUUCAAUUUAAUAUUAUUUUAACUGGUUCACCACGUGUUGGAAAAAGUCAAUUGAUUAAUGCAUUAAGUAAUGGGGAAAUAAAAGCAAAAACAAGUCCUAGUCUUAAUUCAUGUACUACAGAAGUCCAAUGUUAUACGCUAGAAGAUAAUCAACAACGAACUCCUGGUAUUAAACCAUUUCGAAUUAAUUUUUAUGAUACACCUGGUAUUGAAUCAUGGACUAAUGAACAGGGUCAAUCAACAAUGUUAAAAUUUAUUGCAGAAAAAGAUCCUGUUUGUCUUAUUUUUUGUGCAUCACCUGGUGCAUUUGCUGAUCUUAAACAACUUCGACCAGUUCUUGAAUAUUGUCAAACAAAACAAAUCUUUUGUGCACUUGUUUGUACAAAUAUGUGGGCAAGUCCAGCUCGAAAACAAGUUAUUCAGGAAUUUAAAGAAGAACUUUUAAGAUUUGGUGAACCUAUUGAAAAAUUAUUUCAACAAGAACAUACUAGAAUACCUCAUAAAGUAACACUUUUUGGUAAUGGUGCUCUUUGUACAAUGGUUAAUUCAACUGAAUAUGAUGAUCCAGAUUUAUCAUCGGAAAUAAAACCAGUUCAAGGUGUUGAUGAACUUAUUCAUUGUAUUAUGAAUGAACUUGAUCACGAAAAAUUACUUGGAUGGUGUAAUGCUGUACUUUAUCGUCGAAGUUUUUGGGAAAAAAUGAGUCAAAAAGUUGGUGGAUUUUUUUCAUUACAUACACCAAACCUUAAUCCUACGGGUAUUAUACCUGGACAAGAAAUUGCAAUGAAUAUGAUUUUAUAUUUAUUUAAUAAAUUUCAAAAAUAA